UGAUCGGUCGCAGGUGAAGCAGCAGGAGUGAUGGUACAGAGGAAGGCGUGAAAACAGGGGGAAAUAACGGUGUUCCGCGGAGUUGUUUGACAGUCCUAAGAAGUUUUAUGACAAGAUAAAGACUCGGCGAGAGCAGACGGGAUGAUUUUAGCGGCAUAUUUGUCGUUUUUUCUCCUAAUUUCCUCGGUCGGAGCAGCGAAGGAUGGGGACGAUGACUGGGUUCAUCUGCCCAACAAAUGUGAAGUCUGUAAGUUUGUCAGCAUCGAGAUGAAGUCGGCGUUCGAAGAGACGGGGAAGACAAAAGAAGUCAUCGAUACGAAAUACCGCUUCAUAGACAGCAAGGGGGCGUCGCCGAUCAAAUAUGUCAAGUCAGACCUGAGAUUCAUCGAGGUUGUAGAAAAUGUGUGUCAAAGGCUGCUGGAGUACAAUCUGCACAAAGAGAGAAGUGGCAGCAACCGUUUUGCCAAGGGCAUGUCGGAGACCUUCUCCACCCUGCAUGGGUUGGUGAAUAAAGGAGUGAACGUGGUGAUGGACAUUCCCUACGAGCUGUGGAACGAGACUUCAGCUGAAGUGGCCGACCUUAAAAAACAGUGUGAUGUGAUGAUAGAGCAGUAUGAGGACGUGAUUGAAGACUGGUAUAAAGGAAGCCAGGAGGAGGACCUGACCACGUAUCUGUGCGAGAAACACGUGCUCAAAGGACAGGACAGAGCCUGCCUGAACGAGAACUGGACUCCGAAGAAGAAGGGAGACCAGGCAGCGAUUGCGGAGGACAAGAAGAAGAAGAAGAAAAAGAAGAAGGGAGGGAAGAAGGGCAAGGGCAAAGGUGAGGAAGGAGGCGAGGGAGGAGGAGACGGCAGCUCGGAGGGAGAGAAGGUGAGCAAGAAGAAGAAGGUGAAGAAGAAGAAAAAGAGCAAAUCUCCAGUGGAGAAGACGGAUGGAGGGGUGUCGUCCGACGAGGAGAUCCAGCCGCAGGUGCCUCUGUCUGGGCAGAAGACAGAGCUGUGAGUCCUGGAUGUGGAUCAGUCCUCCAGAGUGAAACCUGCUGAGUCAAAGCAGCUUCUGGAAACAUCUUCAAGUGUUAAAACUGAGGUUCUAGUCAUUGAAAUCCCGCGCUGUUACAUGUUUUGAAGUCAUUUUCCAGGUUUCAUGAGGGAGAAAUCAGAUGUAUAACCAGUUACGUACAAUAUUUCGCUCCUUUUUACCCCCACUUCAGUCAUUUAACGGUUUUUAGUAGAGUCUCCAUUGGAACUUAAAGGAUGAUGUGGUAAUCAUAGCUUGGGACCAGUUUUUCUAUUGGUAUUCAUAAUGUUUGUACUUUUGAGGCCACAAACGUGAAAAAGACUUGAAUUGUGAUUUCCGGGCUCGACAUCAUUCUUAGACCAAAAACAUAAACACUUUAGGGAUACGUGAGAACCAUUUCUCAGUAUUUAUUGACAAAUCAUGAAUUAUCCUGUACUAAUACAUCAAAAGAAAGUCUCUAGGUGCACUCUGUAUGAAUGAUUUUACAGUGCUGUACACAAACUGCAUACAGAGUAUAAACCUGUGCGAGUCGCAGGGCGUCCACAUGUUUGGUUUUCGUCUGUCGGUCGGACGUAGGUGGUGAUUCACGGAUUUUAUCUUUCUCUCUGCGUCUCACGUUUGCAGAAACUUCAAUCGCAGCUCCGAACUGAGACUCUUUUUCACUUGUGUUUUUAAAUAUUUUUGUGCCCUUUACAGCUGUAGAUCUUUGACCCUCAAUGAGCAUUUUAUUAGGAACACCGACAUCUUUGUAACUUUGACCAAUCCGCUACACUUUCAGUUAUUGUAGAGCUGCGUGAAAAUGUUAAAUGAUAUUGUGUAAAUAACAAAAAUAUUAUGAAAUGACUUUUUAAUUCUUUCUGUAAAUAAUCUUUCCACCUAUGUGAGCUCGUAUCUCAGGAUUAACUUACUAAAAAGACACCACGUAUCAAGGUUAUAGAUAAAUUUGACUGAUUAGCGUGUUUGCUGUUAUGUCAGUGGUGUUAUUGUGAAGUUUUCAUACUGUUGUGUCCAGCUGGUUCACCUGUAUGAACGAGCAAGCGAGCUGCCCAAGUGUUCCUAAUGAAGUGCUCUAAACAAAUGAUUGUUAAUCCAGUGUUAAAGUUUCUUUUAUUUCUCACUGUCCUAUUUUUUUUAAAGCCCUUCCACAAACUGAUGUAUUAGCUGAAAUGCCCCUUUAAUUAGUAGAUACAACAUGUGGUACUGAUUUCCUGUUUGCUGUACAAAAAGCUGCUAUUGAAGGCCUGUGUGUGUUUGUGCUGCUGCGUGAUCGUCAGGCUCCUGAACUGAAGACGAUGAAGGAUUGUGCGUCUGUUUUUAUGCAUUUUCUUAAGAGUGAACGUGUGUGGGUGUGUGUUUUUACGAGAUUUCUAUCCUGAGGUAAAAAUGCUGGCUGUGUUGUAUUGAAGUUGCUUUUUGAAACCACGAGCAGACGCAUCAGUGGAUUAAUAAACAGGUUUCAGAACUC